AUGGGCAGUUAUGUUGUCAAAGUUUUGUUUGAAAUAUUGAUGCUCUUUUUGUAUACUGAAGUAUCUGUUCUUGGAUUCAACCAAGUGAACCAACUAACAAAAAGCUCUUAUGUGAAGUGCCAUGAGCGUGAGAAACAAUCACUCCUCAAUUUCAAACAAAGUCUCCUGGAUAACUUUGGCAUGCUGUCUACGUGGAGGGACGAUGGAGAUAACAAAGAUUGUUGCCAAUGGAGAGGAAUAGUGUGCAAUAAUGAAACAGGUCAUGUAAUGAUGCUUGAUCUCCAUGGUGAUUGGGAUGCACAAUAUUUGUCAACAGGUAAAAUCAAUAUCACUUCAUUAAUUGAGUUGCGAAAUUUGGAAUAUUUGGAUCUCAGUUCUAAUGGUUUUGGUGGCAGUCCAGUUCCAAAGAACAUAGGAUUGUUCACCAACUUAAGAUUUCUCAAUUUGUCAACUUGUGGUUUUGGUGGGAGGAUUCCAUAUGAAAUGGGAAAUCUGUCAAAGCUGGAGUAUCUUGAUUUAAGUAUGAAUGCUGAUAUUGAUGGGGUAAUUCCUUACCAACUUGGAAAUCUCUCACAACUUCAGUAUCUCGAUCUUACAGCAGUUUUUCUUUCUGGAGUGAUGCCUUUUCAUAUUGGCAAUCUUCCCAUAUUGCAUACUCUUAAGCUUGUUGGCAGUUUUGAUUCCCUAAACAAUAAUGAUGAAGCAGCAGAGUGGUUGUCUUCUCUCUUUUCUUUAAAAAAUCUUGACUUGAGCUCAUUUGCUAAUCUUGGCUUCUCCAGUCACAUGCUGCAAACAUUGAGUAAGCUCAUUCCAAAUUUAAGAAAGUUGAGGCUAGUUGGUCGUGGUCUUUUAGAUAAUGAUAUUCCAUCUUUGUUUCCUUCUAAUGCUAACUUUUCCACUUCUCUUAACAGUCUUGAUCUCUCUCAGAAUAUGUUGACAUCAUCAUCUUUUAAAUUCUUGUUCAACUUUAGCCUUAAUCUUGAGGAGCUUUAUCUUUCUGAAAAUAAUAUUGUUAUGUCAACCCCUCUCUUCUAUCCAAACUUUCCUUCUCUUGUUAAGCUUGACCUCUCCAAAAAUAAUCUGAGUUCAUCAUCAUUUCAAGGCAUUUUCAGCUUCAGCUCAAAACUACGAGAGCUUAAUCUAGAAGAAUGCAGUCUUAUGGAUACAAGUUUUCUUCGGUCAACUGCUUCAGUUAUGAACUCUUCAUCCUCUCUUCUCAUCCUUGAUCUCUCCUAUAAUUUGUUGAAAUCAUCUGUUAUAUUUCAUUGGCUUUUAAACUUCACCACCAAUCUUCGUAGUCUAAAUCUUGGUGAGAACUUGAUAGAAGGUCCCAUUCCAUAUGGAUUUGGGAAAGUAAUGAACUCUCUUGAAAUUCUACAUCUCCAUUAUAACAAACUGCAAGGCAAGAUUCCAGCUUCCCUUGGGAAUAUAUGUACACUACAGGAAUUAUACCUUCACGAUAACAGCUUGAGUGGAGAAAUUUCAAACAUCUUUCAAAACUCUUCAAAGUGCAACAGGUAUAAAUUUCAGAUUCCAGAUUUAUCUUUCAACUGGACUAUUGGAGUGAAGCCCAAUCUUUCAAACUUUCCAUCGCUGAGGAUAUUGGAUCUUUCCAAUAACAAGUUAAUUGGAGAAAUACCUGAAAGCAUUGGGUUGUUGUAUGAGUUGGAGUUUCUACACUUGGAGGAGAAUUACUUGGGGGGUGAUAUCAUGGAAUCACAUUUCACUAACUUGUUCAACUUGUUAGACUUGGACUUAUCAGACAACCCAUUGUCUUUGAAAGUUGGUACUAGCUGGGUUCCGCCUUUUCAGUUAUUAAGAUUGAGACUAGCGUCUUUCAAGUUGGGUCCAAGUUUCCCAAGUUGGCUCCAGAAUCAAAGACAUUUAAGGUUUCUAGACAUUUCUAAUGCUGGGAUUAAUGAUUCUGUACCAAAUUGGUUUUGGAGCAAAUUACAAUCAAUAACUGAGAUGAACAUGUCUCACAAUGGUCUCAUAGGUACAAUUCCAAAUUUACCAAUCAAACUUGCUAGCCAAUGGCGCAUAUAUAUUAUGAAUUCAAACCAGUUUGAAGGUGGAAUUCCUGCUUUUUGGUCACAAGCAUUAGUACUGGAUCUCUCCAAAAAUAAGAUUUCAGAUAUGACAACAUUCUUGUGUGGUAUGCGCGCAAAUAGGCACAUGGAAAUUUUGGAUUUAUCAAACAAUCAAAUAGCAGGACACCUCUCUGAUUGCUGGGAAUCACUAAACUCGUUAAAAUUUCUUGAUUUAGGUGAUAAUAAAUUUUCAGGGAAGAUUCCAAAGUCCAUGGGCACCCUUGCUAAUUUGGAAGUUUUGGUUUUACGAAACAACGGUUUAGUUGGAGAACUACCUUUGAGUUUGAAGAACUGCACCAGAUUAGUGGUACUAGACGUGGGUGAAAAUUUAUUGUCUGGUCCAAUACCCAAAUGGAUUGGAGAAAGUCUACCACAAUUGAAAAUCUUGAGUCUGCGAGUAAAUAACUUCUUUGGAAGUUUUCCUUCAUAUCUUUGUUAUUUGAGACAGAUUCAUCUCUUGGACCUAUCAAGGAACAACUUAUCCAAAUGCAUUCCAUCAUGUCUGCAGAAUUUUACUGCAAUGAUUGAUAGGAAUACAAUCCCAAGUCCUGUAAGUGGAAGAAUAUUAUCAUCUGGAGCACUUAUCUCUGAUAUUUAUGAGUCUAAUGUGCUACUAGUGUGGAAAGGUGCAGAGCGAGUGUACUGGAAUCCAGAUAAUCUCCUAAAGAGCAUAGAUCUCUCAGGCAACAAUUUAACAGGUGAAAUACCUAAAGAGGUUGGAUAUUUGCUUGGAUUGGUUUCUUUGAAUUUAUCAAGAAACAACUUGAGUGGAAAAAUCCCUUUUGAGAUUGGGAAUUUAACCUCUCUUGAUUUUCUAGACUUGUCAAGAAAUCGUUUACAUGGAAAAAUUCCUUCAUCUCUUUCUCAAAUUGAUCGUCUAGCAAAAUUAGAUUUGUCACACAACUUGCUCUAUGGAAGAAUCCCUUCUGGAAGACAGUUGCAGACCUUUGAUGGCUCGAGUUUUGAAGGAAAUGUUGAUCUUUGUGGUGAGCUACUAAACAAAACUUGUCCAAGUGAUGAGACCAAAGUAAAGCAUCAAGGAGUAGCAUAUGAUGAUGAUGGUGCUAAUUCAGAUUUCUAUGAAGCAUUGUACAUGAGCAUGGGCAUAGGAUUCUUCACAGGAUUUUGCGGCUUGAUUGGGUCAAUACUCAUAUGGAGACCUUGGAGAAUAGCUUACUGGAGGUUCAUGAACAGAAUGAUAGAUUGCAGGAUUUUGUGGCACUUUGUCAUGGUUGCAGUGAAUGUGACAAAGUGCCACAAGUGGCUAAAAGAAUAGCAGAUAAGCUCUAGUGUUCAGUUCUGGGAUGAAAGAAACAUCUGUGGCUGAAAAAGUCUUUAAGAUAUGUAAUAAUGUAGUAAUAUGAUAUUAGAUCUGACAAAUUAUAUGUUUGAAAUAAUGAUUGAAG